GAAGUGAACUCUAAAGUUAUAGUUCUGUGGUUGUUUUGCAAUUUAUACAUAAUUCUGAUAAUUUGGUCAUAUGCACCUGAAGAUAGGAAGAAACGACCAUCCAAAAUAGAGAGAGAGAGUAAUUCUGAUAAAAAACUAUACUUUUGUUUUCAGGGUUUCAACCCAUGUGCGCUAGGAGCAAUUCUUAGAAUUAUGGGCAUUACCAAUGAUACCAAACAACACAAACUAUACAUUCGGUUGCCAUUUAGAAUAAACGAGGAGUUUGUUGUUCGAGAUUUACAUUCUAAUAUUGUACAGGUGGAUUUACCUCGACAGAAGUCUCGCCGUUGGUGUAUCGUAUCUUUUGAGAGCAGUGAAAAGUUGCAGGAAGCACUUGUUGAGUUAAAGAAAGUGAAAUUCAAUAAUAAAUUUAUAAAAAUAUAUCCUUACAACAAAAGUGGAAAGAAAAGAAAUAGUAGGAAAACUUCAGAUUCUUUAGAGCCUUGCUUGGAAAUCUUGAAGAAAAGUUCCUAACCUUGAUUACAUUCAUUUUGUGAGAAUGGGGAUUUCUUUCAUAGGAAAUCCUUGUGAGCCAGAUGACUGGGGCGAUAGCGAUAUUGAAAUUAUGGGCAUUGACGAAUGGAUAACUAUACCUAAUGAUGUGGCGGUCAAUCCUACAUUUUCAUCUGAAGAAGAAGAUUCAUUGCCUGAAAUUGAUGAAACUGAAGAUAUAGAUUACAAUCCUGAUGAUGAGAAUUAUGAACUGGCGCAAGAUAUAGAAGAUAAUAUUAUUGAUCAAGUUUAUGGUGAUGAUGAUGACAUUGACGAUUACCAGGAUGACUAUGAUGAUGAAGAGGAAAUCGACUAUGUCACCUUUUCUCCCCCACAUUCUUCAAAUGAUUUUGAGCCGUCUGAACUUUUGGGACACAGUUACAUGCCAGACCUUAUCGAUUCCACGACAUAUGAUGGUGAUGGUGAUAGUGAUGGUGAUAGUGAUUGAUUGUUAGUGUAUAUGUUAUAUUAUUUUGUUUUUUAAAAUUUAGUUCUAUUUUCUGUUCCACUCUUUAUCUGUUGAAUCAUUGUCCAGGUGGGAUCUGUAAAUCAUUCACAAAUUUAUUUAAGAUUCUAUUGAAAAAGAUUUUUUCCUUUAUAUAUUACAUUGAAUGAAAGGUUUCUGAACUCACAAAUUGAAGCCUUUUUUUUUCAAAUCACCGCUAAUAGUGUAAACAAGUUGACUUAUCACAGUUUCCAGAUAUAACAAAAUUCCUGCAAUCCUCUUUUCAAAACAAGACAGCAAUGACGAAUGAAGCAAUAACAGUUUUGAUAACAUCAGAACAGUAAUACAUCCUUCAUUCAAAUUUUUGGGCUCAACGGGUUGAAAAUAUUGAACAGUUUGUGAACAGUUUAAUCUAACGUUUAUCAAACACAUCUAUGGUUUGUGGAGUAUUUCAAAAAAAUAAUAUAUACACGGAAAGUAACUACUAGUAUUUCUAGACAAAAUGAUGAUCUAAUUUUAGCUCUCGCAGAAGUGAUCAAGAAGCCUACAACCUCACCCCAUACUACAAAGUUCUGACCAACCAAUAUGUUUUCCUGAAUAUCAGGGAUAAAUUUGAAUUGAAAGAAGAAAUUGAAUGUUACUAUUGAAUUUCCUCUCGAAGGUUAAGAUAUGAUUAUUUAUGCAGCAGACAGUGUACCCCGUAUUAUAAUCCGCUUUCAUUGUCAAAUAACAGUGGGACCUGUCACUGUCUUGUACAGUUUCUCAUAAUCUACCAUCAAAUCGUUAAAUUUGAAAGUGACAUUUUCAUAUUUUGUGCUAUGGGGCAACAAUUUAUUUGGUGAUAAUUGUAAUCAUUUAUCCCCCGGACAACUUCUAGAGCAAGGAUGAAGCAAGACUAUCAAAAAAUUUGAUAAUAAAGCAUGUUUUGGCUGAGUUUAAAAAAAAAAUUGUUUUAGUUUGCCCAACUCACUUACACCUGAUAAUAAUAUUUAACAAAUAUGAUAAAUUGGUGAAGAUAUACAGAUCCUGUUAAACAUUAUCUACAAAAUUUGUAAAUUUUCAAAAACUUGUGUUGUCAGAAUAUAUUUCGCAGAUUCUUCAGGGGUUUGAUGAAAAUAUGAAUAGUUUUUGUUGAUAUAGUCUUAGUACAGAUCUUUCAUUAGUUGCGAAGGUUGAUUUAGUUAUUUUGACAUCUGUACUAGCGCUAUUUUUGCAUGUUAUUGAAUAAAUAUGUUUAAAUAAU